ACCCAGCCACACGUGUUCCAAAAUGUCGUAUCCAUAUGUUUUGGUCGUGUGUUGAUUCAUGUCUCUGAGUAACUUAUUUUAAAUUACUUCGUGUUGUAAUUUCCUCCCGAUCACUCUAGCGGUCUGACUUGGAGAUAAAUACAGGAUUUUGUUUGUUAGCGCAGGAAACAAUGGCACAACGAAAGAAAAAGCUGACGAAAAAGAAGAAGCACACGGGACACAGAGAGCCUGAUGGCGACUCAGAUGUAGACGAUUUCAAACUGGCAGCAGAAAUUAAAGACGACACUGUAUACUUUAAAAAGCUGCCUCAGUUCCCCGUCUCAUCUGAGUGCCUCUCGGACGUGGAGCCAGAUACGCGAGAGAUGGUUAGAGCUCAGAACAAGAAGAAGAAAAAGUCCGGCGGCUUCCAGUCAAUGGGUCUUAGUUACCCCGUUUACAAAGGUGUAAUGAAGAAGGGUUACAAGGUACCAACACCUAUCCAAAGAAAGACUAUUCCUGUGAUUCUGGAUGGCAAAGAUGUUGUCGCCAUGGCACGAACAGGAAGUGGAAAGACAGCUGCUUUCCUGGUGCCUAUGUUUGAAAGGCUGAAGGCUCCUCAGGCACAAACUGGUGCCAGAGCUCUGAUCCUCACACCCACUCGAGAACUGGCUCUGCAGACAAUGAAGUUUACCAAAGAGCUGGGCAAAUUUACUGGAUUGAAAACUGCACUGAUCCUUGGUGGAGACAGCAUGGAUGAUCAGUUCGCAGCUCUACACGAGAAUCCAGAUGUCAUCAUUGGAACUCCGGGGCGUCUAAUGCACGUCGUCAUGGAAAUGAACUUGAAGAUGCAGAAUGUGGAGUAUGUAGUGUUUGAUGAGGCGGACAGGCUGUUUGAGAUGGGCUUUGCAGAGCAGCUGCAGGAGAUCAUCAGGCGGCUCCCUGAAGCGCGACAGACCCUGCUGUUCUCGGCCACCCUGCCCAAGCUACUCGUGGAGUUUGCCAGAGCAGGACUCGCUGAUCCAGUGCUGGUUCGUCUAGAUGUCGACACUAAGCUCAGCAAUCAGUUAAAGCUGGCCUUCUUUCAUCUACGUCUGGACAACAAGCCAGCGCUGCUGAUGCAUCUCCUUCGUAAUGUGGUGAAGCCUCAGGAGCAGACAGUGGUGUUUGUAGCCACAAAACACCAUGUGGAGUACCUGAAUGAGCUGCUGACAUCAGAAGGAGUUGAGUGUGCCUACAUCUAUAGCGCUCUGGACCAAACUGCCAGAAAGAUCAACAUUGGUCGCUUUGUCCACCGCAAAGCAAUGGUCCUUCUGGUAACUGAUGUGGCAGCUCGUGGUAUUGACAUCCCACUCUUGGACAAUGUCAUCAAUUACAACUUCCCCUCCAAGGCCAAACUAUUCCUCCACAGAGUCGGUCGCGUGGCCCGCGCUGGCAGGAGUGGAACGGCCUUCAGCUUGGUGUGCCCGGAUGAAGUCCCCUAUGUGUACGACCUUCAUCUCUUCCUUGGGAGACCUGUGAAGUUUGCAUCCCUUGAUCACCCGCAGGAUGAUUGUGUAUUUGGCCGUGUUCCACAAAGCAUCUUGGACGAUGAAGAAGUACAUCUUCUCACAGCCCAUGAGAACUCUCUGGACCUUCAAAACCUCAAACGGAUUUCGGAGAAUGCUUACAAACAGUAUCUGAAGUCACGGCCUAACCCCUCGCCAGAAUCCAUCAAACGAGUGAAAACCUCUGACCCGUUCUCCCUAGCUGUUCACCCGUUGUUAGGAUCAGGUCUUGAGAAAAUGGAGCUGGAGAGACUGCAGAUGGUUGACUCAAUCAAGGCUUACAAGUCAAAAUCUACUAUAUUUGAGAUUAACUCCAGCAACAAAACCAGUGCGGGAGAGGUGAUGCGGGCAAAGCGGUCUCGGGACAGUCGAUCGGUGGAUAAGUUUAAGAGGACAAGGGAGGAGCUCCUAGCAGAAUCUGCCAGUGGGCUGAAUUCACCAGCUCUUCAGGCCAGUAGCAUAGUGGAACCACAGUCCAGCGAAGGGGAAGAGGAGGAAGAUCUUCAGGGGGUGUUCUCAGAGGUGGUGGGUGGAAAGAGACGGAAAAAAGCUGAAGACACAGAGGUGGACAGGCCUAAGAGCAAGAAAGACAGGCAGUCGGGUCAAGAUGAGGACUUUUACAUCCCCUACAGACCUAAAGAUUUCAAUUCAGAGAGGGGACUCAGCAUUGGAGCAGAAGGGAGCGCAUUUGAGCAGCAGGCUUCCUCGGCCAUGCUGGAUCUGAUGGGUGACGAGGGCAGUACGCUGAAUCAGAACAGGAACAUGAUGAAAUGGGACCGCAAGAAAAAGCGCUUUGUCCGUGACACGGGAAAAGAAGACCAAAAAACCAAAAUAAAAACGGAAAGUGGACAAGUGGUAGGUGCAAAGAAGACGAAGAAGAAGAGCUUCUAUGAGGAAUGGAAGAAGAAAUACAAGGUGGAUGAUGCAGUUUCUGAUUCAGAUGGAGAAAAUGGAGGAGGCAGAGGACAUGCAUUUGGAGGUCGGCGGGGCCGGCGAGGAGGCGGCCCCCAGCACGGAAGCUGGAGUGGCCCGCGGGCACGUUCGGAACUCAAGAACCACGAGCAGAUUUUGAAGCAGCGCAGGCGCCAGGCCAAGCAGCGCUUCCUGCAGAGUGGCAGCCUGAAGAAACUGCGUGGCAGAAACAACCAGCGGCUCCGCGAGGUCAUGAAGUCCGGCUUCGGCCGUGGCCACUUCAAGAAGGGCAAGAUGAGGAAGAGGUCGUAAAGGCCAUGUGGUCGAAGCCCGACCAGUUUCUGAUCUUGGUUUGCUAGCGUAGCUUUCGUCCUGUGAACAGAUGGAGCUGGUUUAAAGAGCCUGGACAGUAACCUGUGUACUGUUUUUUUUUUUUUUUUAAUCUUUGGCAGAAUAUGAUGUAAACAAAUCAGGUUAAGUCAGCUUUGGGAACUUUCUGGCUCAUGCUACUCACUUUUGCUGUGUCAGUUUGAUGAGUAAACUGUGUUGGGCAAAUAGGAUGGGGCAGUAUGGAGCUAGGUAAUGUCAGGUAGUAAAAUGUUAGUAAAAUGUAAAAAUGCCUUUUAUAGCGUGAACCCGAGCUCAUACACGGCUAUGUUUUAAGACCAGGACCUGUGUUCUUGCUGAAGAGCCUCCUGAAUAUGCCAAUUUUGUGAGAUACAAGGUUUUCUGGGGAAAUCAGGUAACAUUGGAAAUUUAAAUGUAACAUAAACUCUAGGAACCUUUAAAUCCUAUAUAGCUUGUACAUGUGUAUUUUUAAAUCUGCGACCAGUACAGGUCCUAAUAACA